CCCCUCUCCAGGCCCGCUCUCUACCCUUCCGGCGUCGUCGGCGGCGGCAGUCGGCAUGGCGCUUCGUCUUCCGCCGCCGCUUCGUCUUCCGCCAACGGUCCGCCUGCCCCCACAUUGUCGUUGUACGGCAGCGCUCUGAGCAACUGCCUGGACCAUUUGGAGGCCUUCAACGACCGGCAGUUGGCGGCGCUGUUUGACGUACUGGCGGCGGUUACCGGCGGCGCGGAAGGUGUGGCGUGGAGGGCGGCGGCGGAGGCACGUGAGCAAGCCGCGACCCGCCGACGGCGAGCCGACGAUGCCGCCAUGAGGGGUGUCGUACGGAUACCCGGCGGAGCCGGCGGGCGGUUGGAAACGGACGUUUUGAUCGUUGUGGAUAAGGCCCUCAAAGGGGCUGCAGCGCCGUACAAGCGGAUCGGGAUUGCGGGCGCGUUGUCGUACUUGAGGCGUGUGGGCGGCGCGUUGGCGUUACUGGCG